AUGCGUCCGUAUUCGCGCGUCAACAAAGGCUACCACUACAUACUUACGGUUAUCGAUGUGCUGAGCAAGUACGCAUGGGCCAUACCGCUUAAGAGUAAGAGUAGACGCAAAGUCACCAAAGCUUUUGCAGGAAUAUUUCGGGAUAACAAAAGAUGUCAACACAAUUUGCAAACUGAUCGUGGAAAGAAAUUCUACAACACAGAUGUACAGACAUUGAUAAAAAAGCAUAGCAUCAAUCAUUAUUCCACAUAUUCGGUUAUGAAGGCUUCGAUUGUGGAACAAUUUAACCAUACGGUGAAGAACAAUAUGUGCAAACAAUUUACACUUAACGGAACCUACAAAUAA